GAGCUUGAAGAAGGUUCAAAGGGAAGGCAAGGGAAGGGAAUCCGCAGCAGCAGCAUGCUUCCUUUUCCCUUCUUCCAAUAGAUCAACCGCUUAUGUUCAAUAUAAAUACAACAACAUAAACACAAUCCAUCUCCCUUCUCCGAUAUAACAGAUUACCAACAGAUACAUUUUCAUGCCCAUUUUCCUCUCUCGCAAUCAAUCAACGUAGAGUCAAUCCGUCCAUCAUGGCGUCCAACACAACUUCUUCCGUCUCUUCUAUCCGUAAAGCCAUCUCCUUUGCAGGUGGUCUCCUAUCACAAAUACCAUUGAUCAAUAAUCCAUCGUUUUCUUCAUCGGCAGUCACAGCCCCCAGACCCUACAUCCCCUUUGGAAAUGCACCGUCUUGUCCAUCGACCUCUCCUCUCUCCUGCCACAACAGCACCGCCGCUCCGGAUUCUUGCUGCUUCAUCUAUCCCGGAGGCCAGCUUCUCCAGACUCAAUUCUGGGAUUACAGUCCCGCAAUAGGGCCGGCCGAUAGCUGGACUCUUCAUGGCCUUUGGCCGGAUCUCUGCGAUGGUUCCUAUCCCACAUAUUGCCAUAGUACUCCUCAAUACCACAACAUAACCUCCAUUCUAACAGCCGCAUCCCAAACUGAUCUUCUCGCAUACAUGCAUGAAUAUUGGCUCCCCAAUCGAGGCUCUGCCGAAACCUUUUGGGAGCAUGAGAUGAACAAACAUGGAACGUGCGUAAAUACUCUCGCGCCAGCUUGUUAUGGCGACAAAUACGAAGCUGGUGAUGAAGUCGUCGAUUUCUUUACAAGGGCUGUAGGAUUAUUCAAAGAGUUGGAUACUUAUAAAGCACUCGAGAAGGCGGGAAUUGUGCCAAGUUACUCGGCUACUUAUACUGAGGAUCAGAUUCAGACCGCAUUGACUGCGGUUACUGGGAGUGAGGUUGUGUUGGGCUGUUCGAGUGGCAGAUUGAAUCAAGCAUGGUACAGCUUUAAUGUCAAAGGAAGUUUGCAGUUGGGAGAAUUUGUGGCUACAGACCCGGCUGGAAAAGGUGGAAGAGGAACUUGCCCUAAAAAGGGUAUUAAAUACUUGCCCAAGAAGAAGUAAUCGCGUUUCUUUAUAAUCGUUUGAUGCGGGCUAAACUGCUGCAUUUGUAUAUCUAGGAAACACCUAGGAUUCAGUUGGGCUUUUGGAUUUUAUAAGAUGGAUGGCUUGUUUGAAUAGGGAAUUGUAUGGCAUUGCAUUGGAUGGUAUUUCCUAUUAGGGUUUUAAUGUGGAAUAGAAGGUACCUUACGGAAGUCUCAACGACUUCCCCCCA